GUACAGCUGACAUCAUACAGCAGCGACGGGAGCGGAUGCGCUUCAGUCAAUUACGCACACAUCGCCAUAAUAUAACAGUAGCUCUCCAUCAGCAUCGGCAAGACAACCGCAGGGAAAGCAAUAUGGUGAAACUAGGCAGUAACCUGGUGGACAAGAUGGAGAGACAGCCGUCGGUGGAGGACGGUUUUGACAACAUUCCCCUAAUCACUCCACUGGAGGUCAGCCAGUUACAGCAGCCUUUCCCUGAUAAGGUGAUUGUGAAAACCACAGCAGAGUAUCAGCUGAAGGAGAAGAAGAGGAAGCUGUAUGUGCCGAGCAUCAAGAAGCUAAACAUAAACCUUUAUGAUGAGAUGUCAGAGAAGCUCAAGCUGACUGGGUUGAUUACUAUCACCUUGGCGUUCCUGGCGUGUCUGCUGCUGUUGGUCAUGUAUAAAGCGCUGUGGUACGAUCAGCUCGGCUGCCCUGAGGGCUUCGUUCUUCAGCACAGACACUGCACCCCGUCGGCUCUGGAGAUGUACUACCCUGAGCAGAACUCCAGGGGUAGCUUGUACACCGCCAUGACCCACCUCAACCAGGCCAAGAAGAACAUCCCAGAGCUGUCCCCUCCCUGGCUGCCAGUCAUGAAGGACGAGGUGAACCACUCCGAGAAAUAAGGGGCGACAAAGGGUCGCUGUGGUUUCAUUUUAGAGGGUUUGUGAAGAUGGAAUCCACAUAAUGUUGAUGACCAAGUCAAUCGGAAGGCGUUUUUGUGUGUAUUUUGUUUGAAAUGGGAAUUUGGUGCGAAUAACUACUUAGAUUAACUGUGACACACAAAUGUCUUUGAAGGGAAGGUUUCUAGGUUUCUACUUUGUCGCCUUCUGCAAUACAAAUGCUUUCAGCCUAUCUGAAAUCUACUCCCGAUACUCCAUAACCGUUUAGAAGAAAUCUAGACACUGAAGCUCAUCUGUAUGUAUUUUAAAUGUCACUAUGCCAUUUUUUUUGAUGGCACGUCUCACUGUGGCAUUGUAGGUUUAGUCGUGCUGCUUGUAAUUCUGCCAAGUUUGUUAGGCAUUAGUUCUCGCUUAUGGUUUCAUUUGGAGUCAUUUAUCUUAGUGUAAUGAACUGUGCAUUGGCUGUGAAUUGUGUUCUAAUGAACUGCAAUGCAACUUAGAAACAAGUGCAUUGGCAAGAAAAAGCAUUCCAAAAACUCAGCAACGUGUCUUUGAUUUAAAAGAGAAAAGUGAGUAUUAAACUAGAGUUUUUGUUUCCUUUUUUGUACAUUUUACUAAAUGAGAAAAGCUUGUAAGGAUGAAAUGAUUGGUGCAAAAAGUACAUUUUAUACACAUUUGCAUGCAUUACUUGUUCACAAAACCCCACCAUAUCCUAGAAUUUAAAUUUAAAGUGUAAGAUUUGAAAACCAAGUCAUUUGAAUGUAAACUGGAGUAAUGGAAACUAUUUUUAGGUAAUAGAAAAAUCAUUUUUGUGUUUGUUUGUUUGUGUGCUGAAACAUUUAGACACUAAGCACCAGCAGCCAUUUAAAUGUUUAUUAAUGUAGUAAAUUCUUUAAAAAGUUCAAGAAUGUGAUAACGCCUCAUGAAGGUGAGUGACCUUUGAAUUGUUUUUGUGUACAUUUAUCACUCCUUCAACAAAUGAGUCCCAGCUGAAUGUAUAAACUUACAAAAGCAGAUUGAAACAUGUUUUCCCCUUCUGUUACUGGUUUGUUCAUUUAUUGUGCUUUAUAUUUAUCUAUUGUGAAAAGUAUUUUUUUCCCAUUGCUAUAAAUGUAGAGAUCUAAUGUGUAUUUAUUAUUUAUGUAUUUAUCUUAUUUAUUUGACUGGUGCUGGAAGGAUGAAUUGAAGUUCUUGUAAGGUGCAGCAAGGGAAAUCAUAAACCCUGCAGUAUUAGUCAUUUCUGUGUGUGACAAACAUUCAUGCGUCCUCAAUGGAUAAUAACAGAAUAAAGGUUUCAGUAUUCACCA